AUGAAGCGUCCGCCCGUACCGCAGCCCCAGCCGCAGCCUCCGCCACCUUCCCUUCCCUCCUCGCAGCAGCCGUCAUCGAUGGUCGGCGGCGCCCCGGCCACGGGCCUCGUCGGGGUGGACGAAGCCCUCUCGGUGCUGAUGGCCGGCCGGGCAUCCGCCUCGGCGGCGGCCGGUGCCGCCACCCCCGGCAGUGCUGCGGCAGCCGCAGCCGCAGCAGCCGCCGGCAAUGGGGGCGGCCCCCAGACACCCGAUGGCCAGUCCCUCUACAGCCACCUGUACGGCAAGGAGAUGGGCCUGAUGCGUAAACUGUCCUCGAUCGACGAAUACUCGGCGGUGGCCGCGGCUGCCGCUGCUGGCCAUCCACCGAAUGCGGCCUCCUCGGCCGCCCUGCGCAACUAUCAACAGCUGCUCCAAUCGGAAGGUGUCCUGUCGUCGCUCCACCAUCAGCAACAGUUGCACGGUCAGCAGCAGCACCAACAGCACGGUCAGCAACAGCAUCCCCAUCAUCAUCAGCAGCAGCAUCAGCAUCACCAUGCCCAUCACAAUCACCUUGCUGCUGGUGGUGGAGCCGGAGGUUCGAAUUAUAAUUCCACUGGCGGCCAAGGGCUUCACGCCAAAUACGGUGGAGGCAACGGUGGGGUCACUCCGUUCAACGGUUACCCGCAGGCUGGUGGCGGUGGAUUGCUGAAGCCUUGCUACGACUACGGAGCACCGGCAGCCGCGCAGCACCAGCAGCAGCAGCAGAUGCAACCCCCGAACGCACCGCCCAAUGGCGCGCAGAUUAAAAAGGAACUCUCCUUCGGCGACCUCUACACGCCACCGCUGACGCCGUCGUCGAUCGGAAGCGGUGGAAGUUCGGCCGGAGGCAAUUCGCAGCCGUCGACGGCUGCUGCUACCACCACCACUCCGACGGUCGUAUCGACGGCCCUCGCCUUCAUGAACAAUCUGCAUGCGACCGGCUACGGUGAUGCGGCCAACAGCGCCGCGGAUGGCAACAGUUGUAUGCGCGGGACGAAGCAAGCGCCGGGGACGGCGGAUCCGACGGCCGCUGCCAUGCUGUCGAUGGCCCGUGGAAGCUCAAUUAUGAAUAGUCUGGCCAACGGUGCCGGGGUCAACAGCAGCAGCAAGCACGAACCAAACAGUGGCGUUGACGCGGGCGGUGAUCCUUCGGCGGGCGGCCACCUCCAUCACCAUCAGUCGCUUGGACACAACCAUCAACAUCACCACCAGCACCACCACCAUCAGCAGCAGCAGCAGCAACAUAUGCACAGUCACCAAAUGCAACUGCAGCCGCACCUUCACCCGCAUCACCCCAGCCUUAAUCCCGGCGCGUCGAUCACAAGCGUCGUGAGCGCGAGCACCACGACCGCCAACGGGACGGCCCCCGGAGGUGGCGGAUCGUCCGCGGUGAACGAUCCCGACGAACCGGACAAGCUGUCGUCGCCGCUGACCGGCACCUCGACGCUCACGUCCGAGCUGCACGAUCACGACAACGACAGCAACGAGGACGGGUACACGAUCCUCUAA